CUAGAGCGGCAUCCUGGAGCCAGGCCCUCAGCAGGUGGGGCCCGCGCCUUUGCACUCAGCCCGGAGGCUCGCGGCGAGAGUGCUGCUAGUGGGCACCCAACCCAUUCUGCGUCGCAUCGGCUGCCAGCAUUGCGCAGACCUUCGGCCUCGCGUUUGGGAGAAACCAGACCCAUCCGCUGUCCGUGCAGAGGCACCGCUGCCCCGCUCCCGACCAUGUCGUCCAACAUUCGCGUGGCGGUGGUGACCGGCGGCAACAAGGGCAUCGGCCUCGCCAUCGUGCGUGAUCUGUGCCAGCAGUUCUCGGGGGAUGUGAUGCUUACGGCGCGGGACGUGGCGAGAGGCCAGGCGGCGGUGCAGCAGCUGCAGGCUGAGGGUCUGAGCCCGCGCUUCCACCAGCUGGAUAUCGACGACCUUCGGAGCAUCCAGGCCCUGCGCGACUUCCUGCUCAAGGAGUAUGGGGGACUCAACGUGCUGGUCAAUAACGCGGGCAUCGCUUUCAAAACUGUUGAUCCCACACCGUUUCAUAUUCAAGCAGAAGUAACUAUGAAAACAAACUUCUUGGGAACCCGAAAUGUAUGCACAGAGCUCCUGCCUCUGAUAAAACCCCAAGGCAGAGUGGUGAAUGUGUCUAGCACUGAGAGUGUCAGAGCUCUUAACAACUGCAGUCCUGAACUGCAACAGAAGUUCAAGAGUGAGACCAUCACAGAGGAAGAGCUGGUGGGGCUCAUGAACAAGUUUGUGGAAGACACAAAGAACGGAGUCCAUAAGAAGGAAGGCUGGCCAAGUACCGCGUACGGAGUGACAAAAAUCGGGGUCACUGUACUCUCCAGGAUCUAUGCCAGGAAACUGAGUGAGCAGAGAGCAGGGGACAAGAUCCUCCUGAAUGCCUGCUGCCCAGGGUGGGUGAGAACUGACAUGGCUGGACCCAAAGCCCCCAAGAGCCCAGAGGAAGGAGCAGAGACCCCCGCGUACCUGGCCCUUUUGCCCUCAGAUGCAGAGGGGCCUCACGGUCAGUUUGUUUCUGAGAAAAAAGUUGUAGAAUGGGGUGUUCCCCCUUAGAGCUACCCCUGGGUCAAUGCAUAAUUUGUGUCCUGAUUUCACCAAAAGGAUACUUACACUAUCAAAAAUAUUCCUGUGCAAAAAAAAAAAAAAAAAAAA